CUCUGCACCCGCUUUUCAAUUUCCGUCGCCUCAGUAGCAACUAGCAAGUAGCAAGCAAUCGCAACUUCUCCCGUCCAAGACCUCCGAGUAUCCGCACUCAAGCUCCGCCGUGCAAUGGGAGAUCCCUCCGGCUCUCCUCUUGCCGACACGAAAGGCCCCAUCACUCACGUGAUCUUCGACAUGGACGGCCUCUUGCUGGAUACGGAGAACUUCUACACGGAAGUCCAGGAGGUCAUACUUGCGAGAUAUGGCAAAACAUUCGAUUGGAAUCUGAAGCCAAAAAUGAUGGGGAAGAAAGCAAUAGAGGCAGCUCGUGUGUUCGUGGAGGAAACUGGGAUCAGUGAUACUCUCUCAGCUGAGGACUUUCUCGCUGAAAGAGAGGCCAUGUUGAAGAGUAUGUUCCCCAAUAGUGAGCUUAUGCCAGGAGCUAGUCGUUUGAUCAAGCAUCUCCACGCGAAAGGAAUCCCAAUUUGUGUAGCAACUGGGUCCCAUACUCGUCAUUUUGAACUGAAGACAACAAAGCACAGGGAGCUUUUCUCUUUGAUGCAUCACAUUGUUCGAGGAGAUGAUCCAGAAGUUAAACAAGGAAAGCCGUCACCAGAUAUUUUCCUUGCUGCAUCAAGGAGAUUUGAGAAUGGGCCUGUUGACCCCAAGAAUGUUCUUGUGUUUGAAGAUGCUCCUUCAGGCGUUCUUGCUGCUAAGAAUGCUGGAAUGUAUGCAGUAAUGGUUCCUGAUCCAAGGCUCGAUGCCUCUCAUCAUGCUGCUGCAGAUCAAGUUAUAAGCUCCUUAUUGGAUUUCAAUCCACAGCCUUGGGGCCUGCCUGCUUUUGAAGAUGGGGAGACUUAG